CGCGGAAGGGGUCGGGCUGUGAUUCGCGGGAAAAUGAAAAAAAUGGCGGCUGGGAGAGUUUGAAGUUCAGCGCCGCGAAACAGCAGCAAGAGAAGCAACGGACACCGAGCACCGAGAGAGGACCAGACGCCGCCUGAGCCGGUACCCGAACCCCGGACUGUCUCACGGCCCGGAGAGGACCGGCGACGGAGGAGAGACCCUGAACGCUUCAGAGGAGGAUGUUUGAGGACCUGAUCGAACCCUUCUGCAGUCUGGAGCCUCAGGUGUCUCCUGGGGGCGGGGCCUGCCACAGCAGGGGGCUCCUGGAGGAGGAGGGGGCGGAGCCACACCUGAGCGAGGGCCAGUUUGUCCUCUGCCGUUGGUCGGAUGGACUUUACUACGUGGGAAAGAUUCAGAGGGUGAGCCCCCCGAGGCAGAGCUGCUUCGUCACCUUCGAGGACAACUCCAAGUUCUGGGUUCUCUGGAAGGACAUCCAGCACGCUGGAAUCCCAGGGGAGGAGCCUCGCUGCUCCGUGUGCCAUGGGGCGGAGCCUGGCUGUGACAGCCAAUCAAAGCUGGACAACGAGAUCCUGAUCUGCGGAAAGUGCGGCAUCGGGUUCCACCAGCUGUGCCACGUUCCUCCAGUAGAUGGCGCCGUCAGCGAGCUCAGCCCCUGGUUCUGCAGACGCUGCAUCUUCGCUCUGGCUGUCCGGAAAGGCGGCGCCCUGAAGAAAGGCCCCAUCGCCAAGGCGCUGUGGGCCAUGAAGCAGGUGCUGCCGUACGACCUGCCGGCGCUGAACUGGGACUCCCAGCACCGGACCAAUCAGCAGCACUGCUACUGUUACUGCGGCGGGCCUGGAGAGUGGUACCUGAAGAUGCUGCAGUGCUUCAGGUGUGAGCAGUGGUUCCACGAGGCGUGCACCCAGUGUCUGCAGGACUCCAUGCUGUUCGGGGACAGGUUCUACCUCUUCCUGUGCGCGGUGUGUAACAAAGGCUCCGAGUAUGUGCGGCGUCUGUCGCUCAGGUGGGUCGACGUGGUCCACCUGGCCCUCUACAACCUGUCCGUCAGCAGCAAGAAGAAAUACUUUGAGCUGGACGAGAUCCUGGCCUUCGUCUCCGCCAACUGGGACCACUUGCAGCUGGGAAAGCUGACCAACACUCCUCCGGCAGAAAGGGGGCAGCACCUUCUGGAUGCUCUCAACAAGUACAAGAGCAAGUUCCUGUGUGGGAAGGAGAUGAAGAAGAGGAAGUGCAUCUUCUGCCUGAGGACCCGGGUUCCUCCACACCCCCCCAACAAGCUCUUUCCUGAGCGCGCUCAGAGCGACAGUGGGCGGGGCUCCAAGAAGACCUCCUCCAGCGUUCUGGCGGAAAGGAAGAAGAGGAAGUCCAAGUGGCUCCUGGAGGACGCCAUUCCCACCAACCAGCUGACCUGCAGCUGGACCUCCAACCACCACAUGGCCAACAUCUUUGACUUCACGCUGGAUGAGCUGCAGAGCCUGAAGAGUAGCUCCAGCAGGACCGUCAGCACCGACCAGGACUCCACUGACGCCUCCACCUCAGGGUCCGCCACCACCAGCGGCUCCUACCACUUCAGGAGGAGAGUGGGCAGCAGGAAGAGGAAGCUGCCUAGCAACAGCUACAGCCUCUGGGCCAAUCGCAGUGAGGUGGGGGAGGAGCCCUCUGACCUACCUGAUGAUCAAGCAGUGGAAAGCCCCGCCCAUCUCCCCACGGAGCCUUCCUGCUUCCUCUCAGACUCCUCCCACAUCCCCUCUGACUCCUCCCUCCUCCACUCCUCCAUCUCCUCGUACUUCGGGGCGGCGGGCCGACUGACCAACGGCGAGAGGUACCAGGUCCUGGCUCGCCGCGUCACUCGUCAAGGGACGGUGCAGUACCUGCUGGAGUGGGAGGGGUCAACACCUUAUUAGGAAGUUACAGUACUAACAGGGUUCCAGGUGUGUGAGGAGCUCUGACACCUCAACGAGUCAGGGAUCAGAGCCGAUCGCUCACCUGUAUAGUCAGUAUUUAGUCAACCAGGUGUUGUAAUCCAACCAAAGACUGUAGUCCUCUGUAGUACCCCUGCUCUGACUGUAGGCGGAGCUCUCCUCCAGCUUCUUCUUCUCUCAUCUGUUAAACAGAGUUGUAAGUUCUUCAGCGCCCCCCUAGCUGUUAAACAGAAGCACCUGAGUCACAUGUUUACCUGUUUAUAGGCCCCGCCCCCCUUUGCUGUUAAUAAGUCUGAUUCGUGUCUCCUGUGUUGCACUGUGGUCCAAUCAGAAUCUAUGCAAAGAUGAUAAUCAAUAGUGAUGGAUCAACGGUCUCAGCUAGCUCAGAGCUAACGCUGCGCCUUGAUGCUAACAAUAUCUGAGAGGUUAAACGGUCACUCUGUCACUUUAAAUGCUGCCAUGGUAACCAUGCUCCACCCCCCAUUGGCCUGGUGGACAGUUGUUUUGAUCAUGUGACUGUUUGAUCACCUACAAUAAAGUUCCUGAUCUUUAACCUG